GCUCCGCAUCAGGACGGCUAACACACGUGCGUACGGACUGCCGCGGCGCCUGCGCCGUAACAGCCUGGAGUCGGUGUACUUAAGACGCUCUUGGCACCUUGACUCGGUCUGUCCGCGCUAGCCCGUUUGUGUUCAGUGUCCUGUGCACACGCCUUGCAAGCGACGGCGCCAUGAGUCUGACUUCCAGCGUACGAGUUGAAUGGAUUGCAGCAGUUACCAUUGCGGCUGGGACAGCCGCAAUUGGUUAUCUAGCUUACAAAAGAUUUUAUGUGAAAGAUCAUCGCAACAAAUCUAUGGUUAACCUUCACAUCCAGAAAGACAACCCCAAGGUGGUACAUGCUUUUGACAUGGAGGAUUUGGGAGAUAAAGCUGUGUACUGCCGUUGCUGGAGGUCCAAAAAGUUCCCAUUCUGUGAUGGAGCUCACACAAAACACAAUGAAGAAACUGGAGACAACGUGGGA